GUCUCUCAGAUUGCAUUUGCUUUCACAGAUCUGUUUAGUACUAAAAGGGAAAGGGGAAGGGGAGGGAAAAAAAAAGAAAAGAAAAAAGCUGCACUGAAUGUGAGAUCAUGCAAAAGCUAGCAAUCUAUGUUUAUAUUUACCUGUUCAUGCUGAUUUCAGUUGAUCCAGUGGCUCUUGAUGACAGUAGUCAGCCCACAGAGAACGCCGAAAAAGAUGGACUGUGCAAUGCUUGUACGUGGAGACAGAAUACAAAAUCUUCCAGAAUAGAAGCCAUAAAAAUUCAAAUCCUCAGCAAACUGCGUCUGGAACAAGCUCCUAACAUUAGCAGGGAUGUUAUUAAACAACUUUUACCCAAAGCUCCUCCGCUGCAGGAAUUGAUUGAUCAGUAUGACGUCCAGAGAGACGACAGUAGCGAUGGCUCUUUGGAAGAUGAUGACUAUCAUGCCACCACCGAAACGAUUAUCACAAUGCCUACGGAGUCUGAUUUGCUUGUACAAAUGGAGGGAAAACCAAAAUGUUGCUUCUUUAAGUUUAGCUCUAAAAUACAAUAUAACAAAGUAGUAAAGGCACAAUUGUGGAUAUACUUGAGGCAAGUCCAAAAACCUACAACGGUGUUUGUGCAGAUCCUGAGACUUAUUAAACCCAUGAAAGACGGUACAAGAUAUACUGGAAUUCGAUCUUUGAAACUUGACAUGAAUCCAGGCACUGGUAUUUGGCAGAGUAUUGAUGUGAAGACAGUGUUGCAAAAUUGGCUCAAACAGCCUGAAUCCAAUUUAGGCAUCGAAAUAAAAGCUUUUGAUGAGAAUGGACAAGAUCUUGCUGUAACUUUCCCAGGACCAGGUGAAGAUGGAUUGAACCCAUUUUUAGAGGUCAGAGUUACAGAUACACCAAAACGGUCCCGCAGAGAUUUUGGCCUUGACUGCGACGAGCACUCGACAGAAUCCCGAUGUUGUCGCUACCCGCUGACAGUGGAUUUUGAAGCUUUCGGAUGGGACUGGAUUAUCGCACCUAAAAGAUAUAAAGCCAAUUACUGCUCCGGAGAAUGCGAAUUUGUAUUUUUACAAAAAUACCCGCACACUCACCUUGUACACCAAGCAAACCCCAGAGGUUCGGCAGGCCCUUGCUGCACGCCCACCAAGAUGUCCCCCAUAAACAUGCUGUACUUCAAUGGGAAAGAACAAAUAAUAUACGGCAAGAUACCGGCCAUGGUUGUAGAUCGCUGCGGGUGCUCAUGAGAUCGUCGUGAGAUCCACUGCUUCAUAAAUUGUAGAAGCUACCAAAAAAAAAAAAAAAAAGAGUUAUACCCCCUCAACAGUCUUUAAAACUGUGAAGUUACGUACACUAGGCAUUGCUGACACCCUAUAUGCUGUAUGAUAGGCUAUCAUACAGAUUUAGUGCAGCACCAGCUACAGAACAUGAACUAAAGGACGAUAUAGUUACCUAAUGGCUGGCUUUGAGCCAGUGAAAAAGAAAAGCUACAAUCAAAAUCACUGGCUUUAACACAUGAAGUUCUUACAAUGCAAGGGAAUCAAUAUUCAGAUGCAAAUUUAUAUGCAGGUUUCAAUACACGUUGGUAAUCAAAAGCAAGCUCUUUCUCAUCUGAGGACGGAAGGAGCCAGCUUUUAAGUCCAUUUCUUCACAGCUUCACUUAAUAUUGUAUUUACAGGAAAAUAUAUACUGGUAACAUAUACACCACUACACAAUACCACCAGAAUCAUCCUUAAACACUUGAAUAUAUAGUGCAGAAUUGUGAAAUGUAUGAAAUGAAAUUCCACAUAAAUGGACAAAUCCUGAAAUUAGGGAUGGCAUAGUGUAUUUAGCGUGUUUCCAUUCCUUUUUCUCAUUAGUAUGUUAGUAAUCAAUGGCAAUGGUGCUACGUAAGCAGGCUGAGUAAAUAGAUAGUUAUCUAAGUGAAAGAAUUUAGAAUAAUAAUGAAUUUGCCCUAUCCUCAGGUACACUAUUCAACAUUCGCAAAAAAUAGGUAUUUUUUAAAUGAAAGGGAAUUGUUUUCUAGAUGUAGUAAAACAAAAGGCAGCAGAGAAGUCUAACAUUCAAAUCGUAAUCCCACAUUAUAACCUGCCUUUGCAACAUUACCGUUUGCACUAUGAUAAACCAAUGCAAAUAGUUGGUUGCUACAGAUAUUGUUUAAAAAACCACUUUGAUAUAACUGACUUGUGUAAUAUGUAUGCAUCAAUAUUUUGUAAAUAAAUGUUUAUUUUUUAAUCACUGUUGGUAUAUGUUCAUCACAAGAAAAGAAUGACUUUAACCUGUACUUUCAUAAAAAAACCAAACAAUAUUCUCUUCAUAAUAUAAUUUUCUGGAUUUUAACACAAAUAAUGUGUAGGAACAAUGCAACAAAGUAAACCAUAUGUUGAGAAUUAUACUACAUUUUAUAUGUUUUUUACAUUGGUACGAGCCAUCUGUGAUAAAUGAUGGGUGUUGACAUGUUCAUAAGGUUCUUUGAGUUACUGUUUUUAUGGUCAUUUUGAUCCACAACUGAAUUUCCAUACUUUGAAUGUUAUGUCCAUAAAUAAUGAUGAUAUGACAAAAGAUUGCAAUUAAAUGCAUUUUAUUAUAUUUAAAA